UAAACAAACAUGAAAAGGAAACUUUUUUAUUAUUAUUCUUAUUCGACUUUACUAAACUGGAAUGAUGUAUUUUAAUGUACAUUGCCCAAUGAUUAAAAUACAAUGACUUAUGAAAGAGAUCCAUCAUAUGCUUUUUCUUGAUCCCAUAAGAAGUCCACCCAAGAAGGACCUUAUAUUGACGCCUGAAUCUAGGAAGAGAACACCAUUUCGUUCUAUAUAUGUAUAUAUAUAAAAAAAAAAACCGAAAAUAAAGUAACGAUGCAUGACUUGUGUUUAGCCAAAACAGAAACCGAGAAAAAGCAGACAGUGAUCCAAAUCAGAGAACUACCGAAAAAAAAAAAAAAGAAAAGAAGCCAAGAGCAGACAGAGACAGAGAAAGUAGUGAAUGGCUUGCGAUACAAACGAUGCGUAAGGUGUUGCUUCUAAUAGCACCUCUCUACUUGGGCCUAUCUAACCAUGCGUUCCAAAAUGAGCGUAGAAUGUCUCUUUAUAUUUGCAAAUAAAAGAUGCUGCCAUGGCAUCCUUUUUGCAUUACAUAAAAAA